ACAAAAACAGACGGGAGUUUUUAGAGAGAGAGAAAGAGACAAAAAGAAAUCCAAGGGAGAGAAAAUAAACCCUAAGGGCUUUCUUCAAUGGGCGAUUCGAUCUCGAUUUGAUACGAGAUUUAGGGCUUCAAUUCCCCUUCGAGUAUGAUUGCCUCUCGGAUCCGCGCUCGGAAACCUAAAAUUUAGCGGAUGAGCUUGGGUUUUCGAUCGGAUCUGGAAGGAAUCCGUGCUCUCUAUAGAUUUCUGUGAAGAAUUUAGGUUUUAGGUAUUUGGGGAUCACAUGGCAUCUUCCACUUCUAACUUCCAAUUUGAGGACCAGACGGAUGAGGAUUUCUUUGAUAAGCUUGUUGAUGAUGAAUUUGAUGGAUCUCAAUCAAAACCUGAGGAAAUGACUAGGGUUUUCUCGAAUCUAAGCAUUGGUGACGUUAUUGCUUCUUCAGAUGAUUCUGUGGAGCCCGAAACUGAUAAGAAAGUUGAAAGCACUGGAAAAGAUAAUGAUUUGAAGCCGGAGGAGGCUCCACAGAAGGGCCUUGUUGUUUUGGAUGAAAGUGUACCCUUAGAGUCCUUGGGUUCGUUUGAUUCCGAUAAUGUUGAUUCACAUGGUUUGACCACUGUCAAGAGUGAUAGCUCUAAAAGUACUAGUGUGAAAGAGGUCCAGUGGAGUGCUUUCAGCGUUGGUAGCUCCCAGGAAUUCGAGAAGGCUAGUGGGUUCGACGCCUAUUCGGAUUUUUUGACAGAGAAUUCAGAUGGGUUGGUUGAGAAGCCACUCGAGAAUUUUAUCUCUAAUGUAGGUUCCACUGAGCAACAAGAUGCUCAGUUUUAUGGUUCUACUAAUGAACAAACUGUCAAUGAGAAUGAUCCUCAGUGCUGGGAAAACCUUUACCCUGGUUGGAAGUUUGAUUCCAGUACUGGGCAGUGGUAUCAAGUGGAUAGUUAUGAUGCUGCGGCAGAUCCUCAAUUGGAUAAUACAAAUGUGGCUAAUGUUGCAUCUGUUUCUGAGAGUGUAGGUGUAUCUUAUCUGCAGCAAACUUCUCAGCCUGUAUUGGAGACUAUAGCCGAGGAGUGUACAGCGAGUAGUGUUAGCAAUUGGAAUAAUGCUUCUCAAGGGAGCAUGGAUUACCCACCCAAUAUGGUGUUUGAUCCUCAGUAUCCAGAAUGGUACUAUGAUACAAACACCCAACAAUGGCACGCUCUUGAGUCAUAUACUCAGAGAUUAGCAAAUAUUUCAAAUUCUACUCAGGACCUUUUGCCAAAGGAGAUGAAUGCUUUAGCAGGUAUCAGCUCUGAUCAGAACCAGGGUUCAUAUAGUAACUUUGCACAAUCUGAACAGCAUGGCAUUCAGGGCAAUGGUAGUCAAGAAUUUGAACAGGCUUGGGAUGCAACAGCGGGUGUUUAUGCCGGGCAGAACAGUGUAUAUAGUAAUCUCAGCCAGUCUGCAGCAUAUACCACCCAAAGCGAAGGUAGCAAAGUCUUUGGACAGACGUGGGAUGCAUCGUUGAGCAACUACAACCAAAGCAACACUAACAGCAGCCAAUCUGAGCAAACAACCAGAAAAGGUUGGAGUAGCCAAGAAUUUGGACAAAAUUGGAACAUGCCCAUGAGUAAUAGCAAUUCAUCCGUACAUUGUACUGCUCAAAGCCAGGGUAGCCAAGAUUUUGGACAGACUUGGGAUGCGUCGAUGAGUAAUUAUGCUCAACAAAACAGUCUGUACAGUAGUAGUAUCAGCCACGAUGAGCUGCAGGCCAGUCAAGGUCAGUUUAAUCGAGGAUUUGGAGGGAGUUGGGAUACAUCUAGGAGUUCUUUUACUCAACAAAACAUGUGGCAACCUCAAUCAGUUGAUAUGAGUGCACAUACUGCAGGUUUCUCUGGGAAUCAGCAAACUGGGAGCUCUUUUAGUUCAAUUCCAGGAAACCAGACGACUCAAGGAACUGGUUUUAAGGUCUUUGAACCUGUUGCAAGCCUAAACCAUGGCAGUAAAAAUUCCACUGCUGGAUUUCAGAGCUUUACUCCAAAAGAAAACACAUUUAAAUUUAGUCAACCAAAGGUGGAACAGACCCUGCAGGCACAUUUGGAAAAUAGCUUUUAUGGGGAUCAAAGCACAGUAAAUGCCCCUCAAUCUUCAUUCGAGGUUGCAAAUGCAUCUUACUCAAAUUUCUCUUAUACUCCCACUGAUGGUAGAUCGUCAGAUGGGCGCCCUCCGCAUGCUCUGGUUGCUUUUGGGUUUGGUGGAAAACUCAUAGUCAUGAAAAAUAACAGCUUGCUUGGUGCUCAUUUGGAUUAUGGAAGUCAGGAAAGCGCCAGCAAUGCAAUCUCGGUUCUUAACUUAUCAGAAGUUGUGUCAGUCAAAGAUGAUUCGUCAGGCAUCACUAAUAGCAGCAGCCAUUGUUACUUCCAAGCUUUAUGCCAUACUUCCUUUCCUGGCCCUCUUGUAGGUGGGAGCGCUGCUGCAAAGGAUGUAAAUAAAUGGAUAGAUGAGAAGAUCGGUAAAUGCGAAUCUGCCAGCACAGACUUCCAGAAAGGAGAAUAUCUAAAAUUGCUCUUUUCACUGCUGAAAAUAAUGUGUCAGCAUUAUGGGAAACUUCGAUCUCCUUUUGUUGCUGAUCCAUCACAGGAGGAGAUCGAUGGUCCAGAGUCAGCAGUGACCAAACUCUUUGCAUCUGCUAGAAAUAAUGGUACUCGUUUGACAGAAUUUGGUUCACUGGCUCAUUGUAUGCAUAAUUUUCCUUCAGAAGGACAGAUUCAGGCAACUGCAAUUGAAGUUCAGAACCUUCUUGUCUCUGGUAGAAGAAAAGAGGCUCUCCAAUAUGCACAAGAAGGUCAGCUGUGGGGUCCUGCUCUUGUUCUAGCAGCACAGCUUGGAGAGAAGUUUUAUGUUGACACGGUGAAGAAAAUGGCACAACGCCAGUUUGUCUCCGGCUCACCUUUGCGAACAUUAUGCCUACUUAUUGCUGGACAACCUGCAGAUGUAUUUUCUGCUGAGAAACCUGCCAGCAGCUUCUCUGGUGCUGCAAAUGGACCUCAUGGACCAAGCCAGGUUUUGGGCAAUGGCAUGUUGGAUGGCUGGGAAGAGAACCUGGCGAUAAUAACUGCAAACAAAACAAAGGAUGAUGAACUUGUUAUAAUUCAUCUUGGAGAUUGUCUCUUAAAAGAGAGAGGAGAGAUUAUUGCUGCCCAUACCUGCUACUUGGUCGCAGAAGCAAAUUUUGAAUCAUACUCUGACAGUGCAAGGCUUUGCUUAAUUGGUGCAGACCACUGGAAGAGUCCUCGAACAUAUGCAAGCCCUGAAGCUAUUCAGAGGACAGAAGUAUACGAGUAUUCAAAGGUACUUGGAAAUUCCCAGUUUGUCCUGCUGCCUUUCCAGCCGUAUAAGUUAAUAUAUGCAUACAUGCUUGCUGAAGUGGGGAAAGUUCCAGAAUCAUUGAAAUAUUGUCAGUCAUCAUUGAAGUUACUGAAAAAUUCUAACCGUGUGCCUGAAGUAGAAAUGUGGAAAAAUUUAUUGUCAUCCUUGGAGGAGAGAUUACGAACACACCAGCAGGGUGGAUACAGCUCAAACUUGGCCCCUGGAAAACUUGUGGGUAAAUUAUUCACCUCUAUUGAUAGAUCAAUUCAUCGCAUGAUUGGUGCACCACCAGUACCCCUUCCGCCAAUGCCUCAAAGUAGUCCUCCAAACAGUAAAGAUAACUUUUCUAUGUCCCCCAAAGUAUCAAGUAGUCAGUCAACAAUGGCAAUGUCAUCAUUAAUGCCAUCACAAUCAGUGGAGUCUAUAAGCGAAUGGGCAGGUGACAGCGCUAGGAAAUCUAUGCACAACAGAAGCAUAUCAGAGCCAGAUUUUGGGAGAACCCCGAAACAGGAUGCAGACGGGCAAAGUAAAGCAUCAGGAGCACCUUCAAGGUUUGGGCGCAUUGGCUCAUCACUUCUCCAGAAAACCAUGGGUUGGGUUUCAAGGUCCCGUUCAGAUCGUCAGGCAAAGCUGGGUGAAAGCAACAAAUUCUAUUAUGAUGAAAAACUUAAGAGAUGGGUGGAGGAAGGUGCUGAAUGUCCAGCAGAGGAAGCUUCAUUACCUCCACCCCCAACAAUGCCAGCAUUCCAAAAUGGCACGUCAGAGUACAACAUAAAUAGCGCCCUCAAGAACCCUAGUCCAGUUUCUAAUGGAGUACCAGAAACAAAAGCCCCGGGUAUUCCACCUAUUCCCUCAGAAAAUAGCUCAGGGAUUCCACCUAUACCUCCCAGCCAAAAUCAAUUCUCAGCUCGUGCAAGAAUGGGGGUUCGUUCAAGAUAUGUUGAUACCUUCAAUAAGGGUAAUGUUGGUGGUGGUGGUGGUGGGGCUUUAACAAAUUCUUUCCAGUCACCCGCUGCUCCAUAUGUGAAGCCAGCAAUUGGUGCCAAGUUCUUUAUGCCUGUGGCACCUGCACCUUUGGAUGACCAGAAAAUUGAUUCAUUGGGAGAAACAAUCCAAGAACCCACCAAGGCGAAUGAUCCUUCUUCAUCUGUAUCAAAUGAUGCAUCAUUCUCUUUACCCUCAUCAUCAUCACAAUCACCAUCAUCAUUGCAACGGUUCCCAAGCAUGGACAAUAUUACCCCAUUAACAAACAAAACAUCCACACCACAAAGCAUUAAUGGUCCUUUCUCUCGCACAAGAGCGGCAUCAUGGAGUGGAACUUACUCUGAUGCAAAUAAUCAAAAAAUGGCUGGCAGAAUGAUGUUGGUAAUUGAUAUAAGCAGAAUUGAGUUUGGCACUUGA